AAUUGAACAUUUUCAUGGCGUUUUUCUGUUUUUAGUUUUUUUUAAACUUGAUUCGUUCGACGUUGGCCUAUCACAUGAUACAAUUAACACUGAGUCACGUGAUGUUAAAACUUUACGGGAAGUAUUUCUGACUUCUGAAGUGAUUAGCGCGCAUAAGGGGAUAGAUACCACCUUUUAUUCAAUUAAAUGUGUAGCUGUGCAUUAUUAUCAUAAUAAUAUAUUAGAUUAUCUACAUGACAUCAUUAAAACAAGCUGCCUAAGAUAAUAUUUCCACUUCCAUUUAAUUUUUAAUAUAACUAUAACUACACUAAAGCUAAAAGCAUGGUCUGUUUAAGGAUUGUUUGUUUACUUGGAGUGUUGCUGCUUCAGAACCAGCACGUAUUGAAGCACGUUGCCGCUACCUCCUACACUGUCACAGUGGAUGCAGAAACACCUCAAAGAGAUCUGAAGCAUUUCUGGAAAAGUACCGGGUUUUGCCCUCCUCUUCCUCAUGAUCAAGCUGAUAAGUAUGACCUUAGCAAAGACCAGCAGCUAAAUCUCGCAUACAUCUCCUCAGUCCCACACAGAGGCAUUGAGCAAGUCCGAAUCCACUGGUUACUGGAGUUGGUAACUAUUAAUGUUGUAAAUGGAAAACCACAUUAUAACUUCACCAACCUGGAUAAUCUCAUAGACCUCUUGUGGCAGAAUGGACUAAGACCAGGUUUUGAAUUGAUGGGGAGUGCCUCUGGUUAUUUUACUGAUUUUGAAGAUAAAAAGCAGGUGGUAGAAUGGAAGAACAUGGUGGCAGUUAUCGCAAAGAGAUACAUCGAUAAGUAUGGUCUAGAGUAUGUUUCCCAGUGGAACUUCGAAACCUGGAACGAACCAAGCAAUCAUGCUUUUGACGAUGUAAAUAUGACAAUCCAAGGGUUCCUUAACUAUUAUGAUGCCUGCUCUGAAGGUCUGAAGGAAGUCAGCCCCUUCCUUCGCUUUGGGGGUCCUGGGGAUUCCUGCCACUCACCCCCACAUUCACCUUAUUGCUGGGCCAUGCUUAGCCACUGCUUUAAUGGGACCAACUUCUUUACUGGAGAGACUGGCGUGCGACUGGACUACAUUGCACUGCAUAAGAAGGGUGGAGGUAGUUCCCGUCACAUACUGGAACAAGAAGUAGAGACGACCCAAGAGAUCCAGAAGCAUUUCCCUGGAUAUAAGCCGGUCCCACUUUACAACGAUGAAGCUGAUCCCUUGGUCGGAUGGUCAAAGCCACAAGUCUGGAGGGCAGAUGUGACCUAUGCAUCUAUGGUGGUAAAAGUGAUUGAUCAGCAUCAAAACCUAAUCAUUGCCAAGCCGCACAACAGCAUUAACUACACCCUGCUGAGCAACGACAAUGCGUUCCUGAACUACCACCCUCACUACUUCACACAGCGAACACUCACCACACGCUUCCAGAUGAACCUCACCAAACCACCCCACGUCCAGAUGGUGAGGAAGCCUGUUCUCACUGUCAUGGGACUGCUUGCCUUAUUAGGUGAGAAGCAAAUAUCAUCAGAUAUUGGAGCGAGUGGGGAAUCUGUGAACAUGACCUUGGGUGUAAUAGCUAGUACUCAUGAGACUGCUAUACCUGGUACCUCAGACAGCUGGCAGUCCACCAUACUGAUUUAUAACAGCAAUGACAACGACACCUCAUCUGAUGUGGGCUACGUGACGGUCAACCUCAACAACUACCCCGCCCAAUUAGGGCUGGUGUAUGUGACAUAUUAUCUAGACAACAACACAACAAACCCAUAUCUGCAGUGGAAGAAUAUUGGCAGUCCUGAUUUCCCAACCAUUGAGCAGUUUAAGCAGCUUAGAAAAGCAGAGGAGCCUCUUGUUGUGGGACCUCUUGCUUUCCCCUCCAGUGGUAGACUAACGCUGAAAGCAGAGCUUCCAAUUCCCUCCCUGUUCCUCAUCCACAUUUGUGCUAAACCCAAGGUUCCUCCAGAUCAGGUAACAGGUUUGCGUAUCAUGGCACUCACCAAAGGACAAGUGGUAAUUGUGUGGAAAGAUGGCUGUGUCAAUUCAAAGUGUUUAAAAACAUUUGAAGUGGAGUUUUCCGAAGAUGCUAAGAUAUAUAGAAGAAUUAAUGCAGGGGAUACCAUUUUCACCUUAUUUGUGUAUGUCUCAGAAAAAGCUGAAGUUUCUGGUUUUUACAGAGUGCGUGCAGUAGACUAUUGGGGUCGACCAGGAGAAUAUUCACUGCCUGAAAAAUACACAGAAGAGCAUUGAAACUUGUCAUUUUUUGUUUCUGUUAAUAUAUAUAUAUAUAUAUA